CUGCGUUAAAGCACAGGAUGAACUAAACAAAUCUUUGUAAGCUUUAUAAGGAAAUAUAAGAGUGAAAUGAUGACGUGUAGCAGUGAGCAUCUCCAUUUGUGAACGCAACAAAAACAAACUCCGGUCGGUGGAUGUACUUUGUAAGUUAAGCGACCCCCAGACGUGGCAGCAGUCAUAACAAAACUGUCACAUCAAUAUGGGUCUGUGUAAUAAUUGCCCGAAGAAGAAACUCACUAACCAGUUUUGUUUCGAGCAUCGCGUCAAUGUCUGUGAACAAUGCAUGGUCAAAGACCAUCCAGCAUGUGUUGUCCAAUCAUACCUCCAGUGGUUAAGUUCCAGUGACUACAAUCCUGUGUGCCGUAUAUGUGAUGACCAUCUGGGCACUAAAGAAUGCAUUCGUCUUGUUUGUUAUGAUGUGUUUCACAUAGAUUGCCUAAAUGACUGGGCUACACGUUUACCUCCAAACACAGCACCAGCUGGCUACAGUUGUCCAGCUUGUUCUUCACCUGUAUUUCCAGCAUCGAAUUUAGUGUCUCCUGUUGCUGACCAUUUAAGAGAAGUUCUCUCUGCCUUCCCAUGGGCAAGGGCAGGCCUGUGGCUUCCACUGAUUGAAGAUACUAAGGACUCAACAGAUGCCAAGGAAUUACCUGCUGUAAAUGGCAUUAUCUCCCCUGAGGAAGUUGUCAAGCAAAAUUCAUCUUCGACAUUGGCAGUCUUACAUAAUGAAGUUCCUUCCCCCGUAUCACAUACUGAAUCACAUUCACGAAUUCAGACAGGUGCAAGUAGCACAUCUAAUAGUAGCAGUACGGGAACUGUGAGUAGUAGUGCUGUUCGUAUAACAGCUGCAGAAGAUCCUCCUCUCACAUCACAAUAUAGGGGUGAUGUUCAUCAUCCAUCAGGAAGCAGUGUUACCAGAAAAUCAUCAUCAUCUGACACACGACUCCUCCUUGGCAAUGAUAUUGAGGCAGAUGCUGAGGAUAAAUAUAAAAGAAGACCACCCAUUGAGGGGAAAGAUCCUGAUGAAGAUAAAUAUAAAAGAAGAUCAGCCAUUGAAUGGUUCUCCAGGUGGUGGAGAACCAUGAGCCGACCAUCAUCUCGCCAUCAUCAGAGUCUGAUUGGUGCAAGUCGGCGUAUGAUCAUUCUCCUGGUUCUUCUAGGCAUUGUAACAAUAAUAGUCGUGCUGUCCUAUUUUGCAAGAGGAGCAUCAGAUGAUGACCCUUUAUUAGAUCCUUUUAACAAUCCUAAUAUUAGAGUAGAAGAUAAAUAGUUAUUUAAAACUUAUUUUGUAUAUUCAAAGCAAUAUAUGUUAAUAAAUCUUAGGAGACUGGCUCAAGUGUCUUACAAUUUUCAUCAUACACUUUUCAAAGGUAUGUUCCCUUUGUGUGUCUGUGAGCCUGUUCUAUGACUACAUUUUCCAUUUGUAAAUAUAAACCAUCUGUAUAAAGGUGAUUAAAUGCAAAGAGUAAAGAACAAGUAGAAUGAGUUAACCUUUUCUUACGUCAUUUUGUAGGGAGAUGGGAAAAUAUUGAAGAUUCUCUGUGGAUGAAUUAUAAGUUGGCUUUGUCAAGUAUUGAAUAGUUUUUCCUAUGAUUUCUUCAUAGCUUUAUGAAAAAUAUUUGUUGCUUAGUUUACAGUAUAAGUUAUUAUUCAUUAGCACAGUACAGUACUAUAUAGUAUAGCAUGAUUCAUCAUAUUGUGAUUAAUUUUUUUAAAACUUGAUAGACUAUAGCUGUAGAGUAUUAUAUGGAAUGAUUAUGAAAGAAAGUUAAUUUAUACAAUUGUGCUGCACUGUAGUAAGUGAGACUUGGUAAGGCUAGUCAUUUGGAUGAGGAUUAAGCAAUCUAAGAAGUAUUAGAGGAAAUUUCUAUAUAUAGUGCAGAUGUUUUGGUAUUGCUUAUUCUCUGAAACUUUUCAGUUGUCGGUUUCACAAGAUUUUGGGAAAGAGAGCAGGUUUGGAUGGCAAUAGUAGAGAUAUUUAUGUGAAAUAAGGUUUUACACCUAAUAGGCAAACAGUUGAGGGGAUGUAUCACAUCCUUUGGAUUAGCGAAUUAUGCAUAAAAUAUGAAGGACAAAACUUUCGAUUAAGGUCAGAGGAAAAUGUAUCACUGACAAAAAGUGUGACUGUGAUCUGAAAUAGCUUUAUGACCGAAGUUGAAUAUAUUUAAGAAUGAUGCUGAUAAACCAAAAUAUUUUGAAAAAUUGAAAUAUAAGUAAAACUUAAAAUUUCUUGAAAUAUAUGAGUAUCAUUUUAAAUUCAGAAUGAAAUUGAGAUUUUUAUAUUUAGUUGGAUAACAUGAAUUAAUUGUCUUUCAAAUUGACAGCUAUUACAGCAAAAAGGUUGAAAAGGUGCUUCAUCAUGAAUUUCAGACUACUAAAGUAUACAUGUAGUGUAUAGACUAGAAAUGAGGCCUCAGGAAAUUCAUGUUCAGAAAUCUGUUGACAUCAUGCAUGUCUAUAACAUUUCCAAAGCAGUAACAUCCUUUUUUGUCAAUGAAUACAGUAGUGCCUCAUUCUAGAAUUAGUAGCAUAUUCUGACAUAUUUCCUGUAUCGUUAGGUUUUCUGUUACAUAAAGAAAGCCCCUUUUAUGCAAAUUUUGUUUUAAUUUCAUUAAAUGAGUUAUUUUAGUAUAGUAGAUAGUGAAUGAUUCUUAUUACCUGUAUUGCUAUAAUUAGCAUAUUCCACAACUAGUCUUCCAUUGAUGGUAGAGAUGAGUUGAAUGGCAUAACAUUGCUGAAGGUUGGUUGCUUUUUAUGGGAAACUGAAAUCUAUGAAAUAAAUUAUUCCCCAACAUACAAACCUGAGGUCUGUACAAAAUGGCCCACCUCUAGCCACCCCUCAUUAUGCGACCGACCUGGGCCAAAAGAUAAAGUGAAUGCGUACCAAUUGGAUUGUGAGGCUUCCAGCCCUACUAUCGGUAGCUAACUACCAAUAACUACCCUGUGUUUAGUUGAAUGGCUAUCUCCAGCUUGUGCUGAAAGUUAAUCCCCUAUGUAAAAACUUCAGGUUUGUAUUUUGGGAAAAAUAUAAAUUGCUUUAAAAA